UUGUUUUGUCCAGAAGAGGGGGCUGCUCGUGUAACAGAUGUAUAAUUUACUCUCCAUGCGUUGUGUUGUCUCAUAAUAAAUCACUUCGGCCAGUGGUCCCAGUUGAGCAUCAUUUAUUAAUGUUGCUGUUGUUAAAUGGGAAACAGCACGUUAGUUGUGCAGGGCUUAAACAUAACCAACCCUGUUACAUUCGCUAUAGCAGCUUCAUUCACUCUUCUACUGACUACUUGCUCGCGCUAGUUUUAGAGUAAACUGCUGUGGAAAACUCGGCCAGAAGCUAGCAAGUGUCAAGUUAAUCAACAACACCACAAACGUCUUUUCAAGCCAGGAACUAGUAAUGGACCAGAACCUGUUUGGAGGGGCCCCCAGGUUUCUCACGCGGCCCAAGGCCUUCGCAGUGUGCGUGGGAAAGGAUGCCACCUUGAGCUGCACCAUUGUGGGCAACCCCACCCCACUGAUUACCUGGGAAAAGGAGAAGCUACGUCUGACCUCUGGGGGCCGCUUCAAGAUGGUGGAUGAUGGUGACGUCUACCGCCUCACCAUCUACGAUCUAACCCUGGAGGACAGCGGCCAGUACAUGUGCCGGGCCAAAAACAAUGUUGGGGAAGCAUAUGCAUGCGUAACCCUUCACGUAGGCCUUCCACAGGAGAUGGUGGAGAGGGCCCCCGUGUUCAUGGUUAAGCCUACCUCCGCACGAGUAGGCCUGGGGGGCGACGUGGUCUUCCACUGCCGGGUUGCGGCUUACCCAGAGCCCAAAUUUGACUGGGAGAAGGACGGGCGUUACCUGGCCGAGACGAACCGCAUCAAGGUGACAUCAGACAGUGACAGCAGCUCUCUGAGGAUCCAGAGCGUGCGCAGCCUGGACAGCGGCACAUACACUUGCCGCGCCCAGAAUUUGGUAGGCCGCUCUAACUCCGCCGCCACCUUGGUUAUAGACACCCAGGACUCCCGUCACCUGGGCAAGGACAAGAGCACCUCCCUCCUCUCCCACCUCCAGAAGCGUAAAGAAGGGAUCUCUAUCUACUGCACUGCCGAGACCAGCAGCUCCACUUACAACUCCACCACCACUUCCUCGACCGCCACCACUAUGGUCACAGACGGGCUGAGCCUUCUGGGUCUAGACCACAGCAGCGCAGCGCUGGUCAGUCAUCUGCCCAAAGGCGUCUUCACCCGCACCUGCACAGUGACUGAAGGCAAGCACGCCAAACUCAGCUGCUUCGUGACGGGCCACCCCAAGCCUCACAUCAUCUGGAGGAAGGAUGGGGGGAACAUUGGCGAGGGACGCAGACAGAUCAUGUAUGAGGACCAGGCUGAGAACUUCAUCCUCAAGAUCCUGUACUGCAAACAGAGGGACAAUGGUCUGUACACCUGUAACGCCUCCAAUAUGGCUGGACACACCUACAGCGCCGUGCUGGUGAUAGUUAAAGAGCCCAAGGUGCCGUUCAGGAGGAAGCUGCAGGAUGUGGAGGUCCAGGAGAAGAUGACGGCCACGCUGCUGUGUGAGGUUCCCAUCUCCACCACCCAGGCCAGCUGGUUCAUGGAGGAGACGCGACUGGAGGACUGCUCCAAGUACCGAAUGGAGGAGGAGGGCACCAUGCGGCGCCUCACCAUCCACAACGUCACCACCAAUGAUGAUGCCGUCUACAUCUGCGAGAUGAAGGAGGGGAGCCGCACCGUGGCCGAGCUCACUGUGCUGGGCAACAUCACUAAGAAGCUGCCCAGGAGGACUGUAGUGCCAGUGAGUGAUACAGUGAUCUUCUGCGUUGAGCUGGAGCACCCCUGUUCUGACGCCUACUGGACACGCAAUGCCGAGCGUCUGAAGCCGGACACACGCAUAUUAAUUGCGUGCACCCUCAGGCAAUACACUUUAACCAUCAGCCACUGCCAAGCUGACGACUCAGGAGAGGUGGCCUUCAUGGCUGGAGACUGCAAGACCUCCACAAGAUUCUCUGUCACAGCUGCCAGAAAGCAUCCUCCUGAUCCCCCCAUCGAUGUGGUGGUGCGCAACAAGACUGACUCAUCCAUCACCCUCCACUGGUCCCCCCCAGACAGUGACCGCCCUGUGCCCAUCAAGGGGUACAUGGUAGAGAGGAGGAAGGUGGGUGCCCAGACCUGGCAGAGGUGCAAUGGCAUGGAGAUCAGCGUCUUUACUGAGAUCACGAUCCAGAACUUCACAGAGGAGGCCAGCUACCAGUUCCGCAUUUCUGCAGUCAACAACUAUGGCCAGAGCCAAUACCUGGAGGUUCCCGGGACCUUCUACCUUGAGCCCAGUGCAGAGGUGAAAACAGGCCUGAUGAACAGCACAGCCAUCUCAGGUGAGGAGGCCUCACUCUCUGUGGAUCUGUCUGCCGUGUGCUCUGGCGUAUGGUCUAUCAACGGACGCCUCCUGCGUAGUGGUGGUGACUACCUCAUCACCCGCCAAAAGACCACACACACGCUGAUGAUCCGGACGGUCUUGAUGGAGAUGAACAGAGCCGUGGUCAAAUUUGUGGGCGGUGGCUCUGAGAGCACUUGUAUACUCAAAGUGAAGGCUCCACCUAUCCGGUUCACCAGUAAGUCUGCUCACACUGAGGUGGUGACCUGCAGCGCCCAGUCCUCCGCCCAGCUGACCACAGAGGUGUCUGAUUACCAUGCCCAGGUGGUCUGGAUGAAGAAUGGACGGGAGCUGAAGAUGGGCAAGAAGUAUGAGUGCAUAACCACUGACCACAAGAGGAUCCUGAUGGUACACAAUGUCACUGAAGAGGACACGGGAAUCUAUGAGUGUGUCCUAAACGAAGACAGAAUGUCCCUGACGCUUUCUCUAAAAGAUGAAGCAAAAUUCCUGAACAAGCCCAGGGGUCCCAUGGGGGUGGCACCUGCCCUCAGCGGGGACCUUGAGUUGAACUGUGAGGUAUCAUCUGCCAGCGGGGUGGUGGUGUGGAGGAAGGAUCAGACAGUGGUCAUUGAGGACCAAAGAACUACCAUUGUCUCCAAAGGGACACAGAGGAGACUGGUCAUCAAGAACGCCAAGAAGAGUGACGAGGGACACUACUCCUGCGAGACAGCGGAAGACAAAGUCACAUUCCAGGUCAAGAUAAAAGAAGUUCAACAGGCUGCCUUCACCAACAAGGACUCUGUACAGAAGGAAGUGAGAGCUACUCUCUCCCAGAAAGCCACUCUGAGCUGUGAGGUGUCAGAUACCAAGACAGAGGUGAAAUGGUACAAGGAUGGCAAACAGAUCAUUGCAAGUAAAACAGUUUCCAUGGAGACAAAGGGCAAGAGUCGUCAGUUGGUAGUAGACAAAAUGGAGAAAAAGGAUGCUGGAGAGUACACCUGUGAAGCUAGAGCAGAGAAGCUGGUCUUUAAAAUACAUGUGUCAGAAGCCCAACAGGCUGCCUUCACCAAUAAGGACUCUGUACAGAGAGAGGUGAGAGCUGUUCUCUCCCAGAAAGCCACUCUUAGCUGUGAGGUGUCUGAUACCAAGACGGAGGUGAAAUGGUACAAGGAUGGUAAACUGCUGACUUCCAGUAAGACAGUCUCCAUGGAGACAAAGGGCAAGACUCGUCAGCUGGUGAUAGAGAAGGUGGAGAAGAAGGAUGCUGGACAGUACACCUGUGAGGUUGGAGCAGAGAAACUGGUCUAUGAGAUACAGGUGACAGAAGCCCAGGCUACCUUCUCCAAUAAGGACUCUGUACAGAGAGAGGUGAGAGCUGCUCUCUCCCAGAAAGCCACUCUGAGCUGUGAUGUGUCAGAUACCAAGACGGAGGUGAAAUGGUACAAGGAUGGCAAACUGCUGACUUCCAGUAAGACAGUCUCCAUGGUGACAAAGGGCAAUACUCGUCAGCUGGUGAUAGAGAAGGUGGAGAAGAAGGAUGCUGGACAGUACACCUGUGAGGUUGGAGCAGAGAAACUGGUCUUUAAGAUACAUGUGACAGAAGCACAUCAGGCUGCCUUCACCAAUAAGGACUAUAUACAGAAAGAGGUGAAAGCUACUCUCUCCCAGAAAGCCACUCUGAGCUGUGAGGUAUCAGAUACCAAGAUGGAGGUGAAAUGGUACAAAGAUGGCAAACUGCUGACUUCCAGUAAGACCGUCUCCAUGGAGACAAAGGGCAAGACUCGUCAGCUGGUGAUAGAGAAGGUGGAGAAGAAGGAUGCUGGACAGUACACCUGUGAGGUUGGAGCAGAGAAACUGGUCUAUAAGAUACAGGUGACAGAAACUCAAGCAGCUUUCACCAAUAAGGAAUCUGUACAGACAGAGGUGAGAGCUGCUCUCUCCCAGAAAUCCACUCUGAGCUGUGAGGUGUCUGAUACCAAGACGGAGGUGAAAUGGUACAAGAAUGGUAAGCUGCUGACUUCCAGUAAGACAGUCUCCAUGGUGACAAAGGGCAAGACUCGUCAGCUGGUGAUAGAGAAGGUGGAGAAGAAGGAUGCUGGAGAGUACACCUGUGAGGUUGGAGCAGAGAAGCUGGUCUUUAAGAUACAGGUGACAGAGGUCCAGGCUGCCUUCACCAAUAAGGACUCUGUACAGAAGGAGGUGAAAGCUACUCUCUCCCAGAAAGCCACUCUGAGCUGUGAGGUGUCUGAUACCAAGACGGAGGUGAAAUGGUACAAGGAUGGUAAACUGCUGACUUCCAGUAAGACAGUCUCCAUGGAGACAAAGGGCAAGACUCGUCAGCUGGUGAUAGAGAAGGUGGAGAAGAAGGAUGCUGGACAGUACACCUGUGAGGUUGGAGCAGAGAAGCUGGUCUUUAAGAUACAGGUGACAGAAUCCUCUGCCAAGUUUAAAAAGACUGCCAAGAAGGAUAUAUGCAGUGUUCAAGCAAGUGAGAAGAUUGUUUUGACCACUGAGCUGACUUCGGAGAGUGCCAGUGUCAAGUGGUUCAGGGAUGGAGUAGAGUUGAAGGAAGGCACUAAAUAUGAGAUGAAGAGAGAGGGACAUUCUCGUACCCUGAUUGUGAAGUCCACCGAAGUCAAAGACAGUGGCACCUACUCUUGCCACACUGAUGAUGACAAGCUUGAGUUCAAAGUUCAAGUCAAACAUACACCGCUGAAGUUUGUGGUGCAGUUGCAGCCUGUAGCCACAGAGCUGGGUGUUACGCUGACCCUGACCUGUGAACUGAACCAAGCCUCAGGGGACGUACUCUGGCGCCAAAACAGUUGUGAGGUCAAACCCGGUGGCAGGUUCUGUGUCAGCACUGACGGUGCCAAGCGGGUCCUUACCAUAACAGGAAUGACCAAAGAGGAUGAGGGAGAGUACAUCUGUGAAUGCAAAGAUGAUAAGACCUCUGCCAAGGUCUCCACCAACGCCCCCAGACUGGUGAAUCUGACUUCCAAGCUGAGCAGCAUCGCUGCAGUGGAAGGGAAGGAUGUCAUGUUUAAGUGUAGUGUCACCCCAGCAGACGUCAAAGUAAAAUGGUUCCACAACAACGUGCCAAUCACUGCUGGGCCCAAGUAUAAGAUUGAGCACGGGGCCACCAGCCACUCCCUCACCAUCAUGUCAGUCAGUCAGGAGGAUGCUGGGGAGAUCCGUAUGGCAGCUGAGGGCAAAACCUGCAGCGCUACCCUCCAAGUGCAACUGGAGCCGGUGAUGUUCAAGAAGAAGCUGCAGAACGUGACGACGGUAGAGGAUCAGAAGGGAGUGAAGCUGGAGGUGGAGCUUAGUAGACCCUCUAAAGAAGUCAGGUGGAUGAAGAACAGCGUGGUGCUGCAGCCCGGAGGCAACAUCGACAUCAGGGUGGACGGGGCCAAGCAGACCCUGGUCUUCAAGAGUGUGACUACCGCUGACCGCGGCUAUUACUCCUGUGAAACUCUGCAUGACAAGACCCAGGCCAAACUCACUGUGGAUGUGCAGAAGAUUGAGGUGGUGAAGGGCCUGCUGGCCGAGGUCAAGGCCAAUGAGAAGGAAACAGUGACCCUGGAGGUGGAGCUCAGUCAAGCUGACGUGGAGGGAUCCUGGACCAGAAGCGGAGCCAAGCUCAAGGCAGGGUCCAACUGUCGCAUCACGGCCCUUGGAAAGAAGCAUGCCCUUACACUGUCCCAACUCAAGAUGGAGGACGCAGGAACGAUUGUCUUCCAAGCGGAAGGGGUCAAGUCUUCUGGCAAGCUCAUUGUUGAAGAACCUGCUGCCAUGAUCUCUAGGCCCAUGGAGGAUGUCAAAGCUCCAGAGAAGGAAAAGGCAACACUUGAGUGUGAGGUGUCCAGAACCAAUGCUGAGGUCAAGUGGUUCAAGGGUGAUACGGAACUAAAACCAGGAAAGAACUUUGGCAUCCACUCCCAGGGUCGCACACGUAGCCUCCUCAUCCAUAAAUGUUCCAAAGAGGAUGAGGGCACAUACGUUUGUCGAAUGUCUGACGACAAUACAUCAGCCAAACUCACUGUACAUGCCCGAGACAUUAAGAUAGUGAAGAAGCUGGAGGAUGUGGAGGUGAUGGAGAAGGAGAGUGCGUCAUUCAUGUGUGAGAUCUCUCACGAUGAUGUGGCCUGCCAGUGGUUCAAAGGAGACACCAAACUCAAAGUCGGUGACAACAUCAAGAUGAGACAAGAGGGUAAAAUCUAUGUGCUGCUGAUUAAAUCGGUGACACCAGAAGACGUGGCGGAGAUUAAAUUCACAGCUGAAAAGGCCUCUUCAACAGCCAAACUGACAGUGAAAGGCAAAGCCCAAUCUGUGUCACGGGAGCUGCAGAGCGUCAGCGUUGUCUCAGGGGAGGAUGCUGUGUUCACCUGUGAGGUCACACAGACCAGCUCCACCGUCCAGUGGGCCAAAGAUGGGAAGGACAUCCGGAAGAGUGAGAAGUAUAACAUCAGCAAAGAGGAGAGGGUCAUGAAGUUGACCGUCCGCAGCGUCACUGUCCAGGACUCUGGAGAAUAUAGUUGUGAGGUCAUCGGAGGAGCCACUACCAAGGCCAAGCUGGUGAUCAAAGAGCCAGUCCACAAGUUCACCAAGGAGCUGAAGGACAGUGAGGCGGAAGAAAAGGGCUCAGUGACUCUACAGUGUGAGACGGCCCAGCCUGCCUCCAAGGCCACCUGGUCCAAGGGAGGCAUAGAGCUCAAGGCCGGGGGACGCUGCGAGAUGACCCAAAAGGAGACCGUUCUCACACUUACCAUUAAACAGCUGGAGGAGAAAGACAGCGGAACUUACACCUGUGACGUGGGCACCGCCAAGAUGACGGCUAAGGUGACAGUCAAAGCCUUGCCUGCCAGCUUUAAACAGAAGCUGAAGAACCAGCAGGCCACGGAAGGAGAGAAUGCUACUCUCUGCUGUGUGUUAGCCAAACCUGGAGCAAAGGUUCAGUGGAAGAAAGGCACUGAGAAUCUCAAAGCUGGAAACAAAUAUGAGAUUAAGCAAAAAGAUGCGUGCUUUGAGCUUCAGAUAAAACAUCUGAAGGUUGAAGACAGUGGAGAGUAUUCCUGUGAGUGUGGAAAUCAGAGGACCACAGCGACUAUAAACGUCAAUGCGUUACCUGUGACCUUCAAACACAAGCUGGAAAGCCAGGAGGCUGAGGAAGGGGGCAGUGUUACCCUGCACUGUGAGCUCUCUAAACCUGGAGUCCCUGUAGAAUGGAGGAAGGGAACACAGGUGCUGAAGUCUGGAGAAAAGUACCAGAUGAAGCAGAAAGAAUCUGUGAGUGAACUCCUGAUCAGCAAAGUAGUACCCGAGGACAGUGGAGACUACAGCUGUGUGUGUGGAGAACAGAAGACUACAGCCAGUCUCAAGAUUAAGGCCCAACCUGUGACCUUCAAACACAAGCUGGAGAGCCAGAAGGCUGAGGAAGGGGGCAGUGUUACCCUGCACUGUGAGAUCUCUAAACCUGGUGUCCCUGUAGAAUGGAGGAAGGGAACACAGGUGCUGAAGUCUGGAGAAAAGUACCAGAUGAAGCAGAAAGAAUCUGUGAGUGAACUCCUGAUCAGCAAAGUAGUACCCGAGGACAGUGGAGACUACAGCUGUGUGUGUGGAGAACAGAAGACUACAGCCAGUCUCAAGAUUAAGGCCCAACCUGUGACCUUCAAACACAAGCUGGAGAGCCAAAAGGCUGAGGAAGGGGGCAGUGUUACCCUGCACUGUGAGAUCUCUAAACCUGGUGUCCCUGUAGAAUGGAGGAAGGGAACACAGGUGCUGAAGUCUGGAGAAAAGUACCAGAUGAAGCAGAAAGAAUCUGUGAGUGAACUCCUGAUCAGCAAAGUAGUACCCGAGGACAGUGGAGACUACAACUGUGUGUGUGGAGAACAGAAGACUACAGCCAGUCUCAAGAUUAAGGCCCAACCUGUGACCUUCAAACACAAGCUGGAGAGCCAGAAGGCUGAGGAAGGGGGCAGUGUUACCCUGCACUGUGAGCUCUCUAAACCUGGAGUCCCUGUAGAAUGGAGGAAGGGAACACAGGUGCUGAAGUCUGGAGAAAAGUACCAGAUGAAGCAGAAAGAAUCUGUGAGUGAACUCCUGAUCAGCAAAGUAGUACCCGAGGACAGUGGAGACUACAGCUGUGUGUGUGGAGAACAGAAGACUACAGCCAGUCUCAAGAUUAAGGCUCUUCCAGCCACAUUCAAACACGAUCUUGAGAGCCAGGAGGUUGAGGAGGGGGGCAGUGUUACCCUGCACUGUGAGCUCUCUAAACCUGGAGUCCCUGUAGAAUGGAGGAAGGGAACACAGGUGCUGAAGUCUGGAGAAAAGUACCAGAUGAAGCAGAAAGAUUGCAGUGUGAAACUACAAAUCUGUAAUUUGAAACCUGAAGACACAGGAAACUACCACUGCAGCACUGGAGACCUAGAGAGCUCAGCAUACCUGAAAGUCAAUGCUCUCCCAGUCAUAUUCACCAAAGAUCUGCAGAGCCAGGAGGCUGAGGAAGGGGGCAGUGUUACCCUGCACUGUGAGCUCUCUAAACCUGGAGUCCCAGUAGAAUGGACGAAGGGGGAGGUGGGUCUCUGCCCCUGUGCCAAGUAUGAAAUCGUCCAGGAAGGGCACAGCGCCAGACUAGUCAUCCACAGCUUAGACCCUGAAGACUCAGGCAGCUAUACUUGUGACAGUGGCGACCGGAAAACCACAGCAAACCUUUCUGUGAAGGCCCUGCCUGUUUACUUCAAAACCCCACUACAGAAUCUAGAGUGGGACGCAGGUGAGAUCGCCAUCCUCCGCUGUGAGAUCACAAAUCCUGUGGCCAGCGUUGUCUGGAGCCGGGGCGACAGCGUCUUGGAGUCUAACAACAAGUAUCAGCUGAAACAGGAAGGUGCCAUAGUGAAGCUUAUCAUCUAUAACCUGCAAGGUGCUGACUCUGGGGAGUAUAUCUGUGACACGGGUUACCAGAAGACCUCCUCCAUGCUCACUGUACAGGAGCUGGAGGUGACCAUAGUGAAGGUCUUGAACAGCUGCUCGGUGCGCGAGGGGGAGGACGUUCACUUUGAGUGCCAUCUGUCCCACGAGGAUGCCAAGGAGGUCCAGUGGAAGCUUGCGGAUGUCCCUCUGCAGAACAAUGAAAUGAAUCUGAUCCGCAGCCAAGGCAAGGUGCACAGCCUCACCCUCAGGGGGGUCACCCAGGCCGACUCGGCCACAGUCGCUUUUACCGUGGGCCACCAUACCUCCACCGCCAGCCUGACCGUCCGAGGGGCCCCUGUGGUGUUCAAGAAGGAGCUGGAGAGCCAGGAAGCAGUUGAGGGGGGCAGUGUCUCCCUGACCUGUGAGAUCAGUGCUGAGGGCAAGGUGACCUGGAGAAGGGGCUCCGUGCUCCUCACCCAGGGGGAGAAGUAUUCCAUGGAGCACACAGGUUCUACCUACAUCCUGAUGGUUCACAAGCUGAAGGUCGAGGAUGCUGGAGAGUACACCUGCGAUACUGGGGAUAAGCAGAGCACGGCCACCCUGACAGUCAAAGAGUCUGUACGCAUCACUCGGGAGCUGCACGACAUCACAGUGACCACCGGGCAGGAUGCUGUCUUUGUGUGUGAGUUGUCCCAGGAGGGCGUAACCAAUGGAGAGUGGUGGCUAGGGGAUAACCUCCUCCAGAACAACGACCUGAACCAGAUGACCUUCCAGGGCCGGGUGCACCGGCUGACACUGCAGAUGGUCACCACUGAUGAGUCAGGGGACGUGGCGUUUGUGGUGGGCGAAGAGAAGACCGUCGCCUGCCUACUGGUGGAAGAGAAGCCCAAAGUCUUAAUCCUAGAGAAGCCUCAUGACACAGUGGCCCUGGAGGGUGAGACAGUCACCCUGUCCUGCACCGUCUCCGACCCCACGACCACUAUCAACUGGAGCAGGAAUGAUGUUGCAAUCAAAGCAGGCCUCAAGUACGACCUGCGGAAGAAUGGAGCUCUCAUGCAGCUCCGUAUCCACAACCUGGACAUGGAGGACUCUGGAACUUACUGCUGCGAUACCGGGGAUGCACAGUGCACCGUCACAUUGACUGUGGAAGGUGCCCCGGCAUUCUUCCAGAAGGAGCUGAAGAACAAGGAAGCCCAGGAAGGUGAUGAUAUCACUCUGCGCUGUGAGCUCUCCAAGGCGUGCACUCAAGUGGAAUGGAGGAAGGGAGGCAUGGUCCUCCAGGCUGGUAAGAAGUAUGAGAUGAGGCAGGAGGGCUGCGUUCAGGAGCUCCGCAUUCGUAACCUGGAGCCAGAGGACAAUGGCUACUACACCUGCGAUGCUGGAGACCAGCUCACCACGGCCUCGGUGGCAGUGCAAGAGGCAGAAGUCCUCAUAGUGUGUGGUCUAAAGAGCACCGAUGUCUUUAUGGGCGAGUGGGCCACCUUCUCCUGCCAGCUGUCCCGCGGUGUGAGGCCCGGGGAGGUGCAGUGGUGGCUGGACGGGACCCUUCUCCAGGACAGCCCCUCCAGCGAGAUAGGGCUGAGCCAGGGCCACGUCCACACCCUCACCCUAAAGGACCUGGCCCCGGACGCCUCGGGCACCGUCACGUUCAAAGCCUGCAGCCUGGUGUCCUACGCCAAGCUCUUAGUUAAAGACCCCACAGUAGAGGUGGUGAGCGAGAUGCAGGACCUGAGGGUGGCUGAGGACAAGCCGGCUGAGUUCAUCUGCCAGUACUCCCGGCCGGUCCAGGCCCAGUGGAAGAGAGACGGUCGGCCAUUGCAGCCUGACGGCCAGAGGGUGGUAGUGGAGCAGGACUGGACCGUGGCUCGCUUGUACAUUAGCCACGUGUCCACUGAGGACAGGGGGAGAUACUCCUGUGAGGCAGAGGGGACCUGUGUGGUUGCCUUACUGGAGGUGGAAGCCAAAUCCAUUGAAAUCCUACAAGGCUUGGAGAACAUGGACACCAUUGACGGCGGGGAGGCCCUAUUCGAGUGCUCUAUCUCUCGUUGCGAGAUCAAAGACUGCCGCUGGCUGAUCGGGGGCAAGCCGGUGAAGGAGUCGCCCACCACGGAGAUCGUGUCCUUCGAAAGUGGACGCCGCCACCUCUUGCUGCUCAAGGAUCUGCACGUUGGAGACAGCUGCAAAGUUACUUUCCAAGCCGGCACCGCAACAACCUCCGCCAUGCUCAACGUCAAAGGCUGGCAGCUGGAUGUGGUGAGUGGUCUGGAGGACAAGGUAGCUGUGGUGGGAGAGACUCUCGAGUUCAGCUGCAUGCUGACUGAGCCUGUGCCUGAGGCGGAGGUAGCCUGGUACUCUAACGGAGCCGAGCUAAAGGCUGAUGACACCUGGGGCAUGAGGGCUGACGGCUGCUCCUACCACCUGGUGCUUAGACAGGCACCAGCCAUGCCACCACAGGAGAUCACCUUCGCUGCCAGGGACGCCAUCUCCAUGGCAAAGCUCACCAUCAUCACUGUUCCUGACCCCCCGGAGGACCCAGAGCUGGUCAGUAAGAGUAAGCAGGCGGUGACCCUGUCUUGGUUCACACCCCUCAGCAACGGAGGCAGCCCUAUUUUGGGCUACAGGGUGGAGAUGAGGCUGGCGGACAGUGUCCUCUGGCUGCCGUGCCAUGCAGAGCCUGUGUGUAACACAGAGUUCUCUGUGGAUAACCUCAUCCCAGGGAGCGGCUACAGGUUCAGGGUGGCAGCCAUCAAUAGAGCUGGGACAGGAGAACCUGUCCAGCUGCCUCAGAGCGUUCAGCUGGAGGCUCCAGUGACAGUGACCCAACAGUUGGCCUGUCCAGACCUGCAGGAGGGUAAGAUGGCCCGUGUGGAGUGUGACCUCUCUGCUGAGGGCAGCUCGGUCACCUGGCUCAAAGACAACAAGGAGCUGGAGUAUGGAGUAAAAUACCAGGUCACCACAGAGGGCAAGACACAAGUGCUGCUGAUCAAAGACUUUGAGUCUGCUGACCAGGGUGUGUACACCUGUGUGGCCUCAGACGAGGCAGAAAGCUCCCUUAAUCUCAACCUACCAAAAGGUGGAGAUGGGGUUCAGUUGGAGGAGGGGGCCCAGCCCAGCCUGCCUCCUGAGGCUGCCUCCGAGGGUGACGUCCAUGCACUGUGGGAGGACCUGGCCAAGAAACGCCGCAUGAGCCGAGAGCCCACCCUUGACUCCAUCUCUGAGCUGCCUGAUGAGGAGGACAAGGAGCCCAAGACACCCAAGGGACCAGUCAAGGAGAAGAAAGCCCCAGAGAAGGUGGGAGUGAAAGCCCUGGAGAAUGUGGGAGUGAAAGCCCUGGAGAAUGAGAAAGUUGAUGUGAAAGCCCCGGAGAAGGAGAAAGUGAAGGUGAAAGCACCAGAGAAACAGAAGGUGAAAGAAAAGGAAAAGGUCGUAGAGCAUGCCAUCGUCCCUAAGAAGAAGGUGUUGGAGCCAAACUUGUACACCAGCUCUGAGGAUGAGUCCAGGCCUCCAACACUGGUUUCCUACCUGAAGAAGAGCAGCAAGUCCUCCCUCUCUGUGUGUGACCAGACAGAGUCCAGCUCCACUGAGAAGUUCUACGCACAGUUCAAGUUGAAAGAGGAGACCACAGUCCAACAGACCUCAUCUUCAGUACAGCAGAUCACAGCACAGACCACAGACAUCACGGAGGUCGGUGAUGAGGAGGAUGAAGAAAAGGGGCUGCUGGAUGCUGCUGUAAAGAUCCAGGCUGCCUUCAAGGGGUACAAAGCCCGCAAGGACAUGCGUCCAGUCUUCAAGGACGUCUUCAAGGACCAGACCAAGGAACCCAAUGGCACCAUCCACCUGGAGUGUGUGGCGGAGGGCAAGCCAGAGAAGGUGCGCUGGCUGAAGGAUGGGGAGCACCUGGCGGACGGCAAGCACCACCACAUUGACAUCUACAACGAUGGCACCUGCUCUCUGGUAAUCACCGCCGUAACCACCAAGGACACGGGCGUCUACACCUGUGAGGUCACCAACAAGUUUGGGGUGACCACCCACAGCGGCAAGGUGACGGUGGGCUCGGCGCGGGAGGCAUCUGGAAGGAGGCCCCUGACCAUGGGCUAUAGUGCCGACAGCGAGGCGGAGAGCUCGUCGGCAGAAAGCGAGAUGGACGAGUCUCUGAGGCAGGCUAGCAAACGGCUGCGCCGCCUCCUCCGCACACGCCUGCCGGCCACGUCGGAGGAGGAGUCGUUCGUCAGCUGUGAUGAUGAGGCUGAGCUGCAGGCCCCCGACCCCAAAUCGUACCGCGAGGACGAGCGAUACAUCUACAUCCGCUUCGACAAGCGGUCUGAGGCCCAGGUGGCGUCUCAGCGCUUCAAAGAGAUGUUCACGGCCCAGGGGGUCCCUGUGGAGACCACCAUCCAGGAGGCUGGACCUCUCAAAGUGGAGCUGCGCAUCAUGAAGAUGGGAUACACUCAAGAUGGCUCUGCAACACCCACACAGGAGAAGCAGCUGCCUGCGUUCAUGACAGGAGCCCCCGCGGCCCCAGUCUUCCUGACUGAACUCCAGAACCAGGACGUGCCAGACGGUUACCCGGUCAGCUUUGACUGCGUGGUGAUUGGGAAGCCUCCACCCAGUGUACGUUGGUUCAAGGAUGGUAAACUGCUGGAGGAGAACGACCACUACAUGAUCAACGAGGAUCAGGAGGGCUGCCACCAGCUCAUCAUCACCACCGUGCUGCCCUCUGACAUGGGCGUCUACCGCUGUAUGGCUGAGAACACCAGCGGCAUCGCUGCCACCAAGGCUGAGCUCAGGGUCGACAUGUCUUGCAGCUCAGACUACGAUACUGCAGCUGAUGCCACUGAGACCGGCUCCUAUAUCAGUGCCAAGGGUUACAUGUCUAGGGAAACGGAAGCCUUUGAGUCUGUGGUAGAGGAUGAGCAGAUGCCACAAGUACUGGAUGAGCUCCAUGAUGUGCACGUCAGCCCAGGCUCACCCAUCGCUAAGAUGCAGCUGAAAGUCAAAGGGUUCCCUAGUCCAAGGGUGUACUGGUUCAAGGACGGCCACCCGCUGCGUUCCUCAGACAGGAUCCUGCUGCUGGACAAGCGAGACAUCCACAGCCUGGAAGUCCUGGAGGUGAAGAGGGAGGACACAGGAGAGUACUCUGCCUACAUCAGCAACGCUGCUGGAACAGCAUACUCCUCUGCUAGGCUGCUGGUUCUGGGUCCAGGAGAGCUCACACCUAUAGAGAAGCACGAUCCCAAGGUGCCUCUGGUGCCGCCCCGCUUCCUGGAGAGGUUCAGCAACAGGAAGGUGAACCAGGGAGCCAGCGUCACCAUGUCUGUCCGAGUGGAAGGUUCUCCCACCCCAAUGGUGAUGUGGUUGAAAGAGGAGUCUGCUGAGGACGUGUUGUGGAUCAAGCCAGACACUAAGGGCUACAAGGUGGCCAGCUCUGGGCGCCAACACAGUCUCAUCCUGAUGGAUGUGGGCUCUAAGCAUGCAGGCACAUACACCUGCAUCGCCACCAACAAGGCCGGACAGUCCAUUUGCACUGCCCAAUUUGAAGUGGAGGAUGCACCACGACCAAAGGAAGAGACCACAAUCCCUCUGGGGAUUACUAUCAGCCCUCCAGACGAAGAUGUUGGCAGAGGAAAAAUGCAGUAUCUAGGUGAAGUUGGAACAGAAGAGUUCCUUAUGAAGCUCACCUCCCAGAUCACGGAAAUGGUAUCUGCCAAGAUCAGCCAAGCCUCACUACGUGUCCCGGGAGGCGAUAGUGACGACGAGACCAAGACACCCUCCGCCUCACCACACCACGGUCGCUCUCGCCCCGGCUCCAUUCUCGCUGACUCCUCCUCUGAGUCUGACGACCCUGAUGCCAGGGGAGAGAUGUUUGACAUCUAUGUGGCUACGGCUGACUACAACCCCACCAUCCCCAACAAAGAUACCAUUUCCCUGAAGGAGGGCCAGUAUGUUGAGGUUCUGGACUCGGCACAUCCACUCAAAUGGCUGGUCCGGACCAAACCCACCAAAACCACUCCAUCCCGCCAAGGCUGGGUCUCAUCUGCCUACCUGGAUAAAAAACUCAAGCUGUCUGAUGUUGCUGGUGACAUCCCAGAGGGAGGUGGAGAAGAGGUCUCAGAAGGAGAGUACAAGAAGAGACUACUCCAACUGAUUCAAGACCUGAUCAACAGCGAGGUAGAGUUUGUCAAAGAGAUGGACUUCUUCACUUCCCACCACGUCAAGCAAGUGGAGAGCCUUGACGCCCCAUCUGACGUCACCAGCCAGAAGGAGGCUAUAUUCAGGAACAUCAACGAGAUCAAGGCCUUCCAUAGCGAGUCCAUGCUCCCUAAGUUGAGCCACUGUGACACUGAUGACGACGUGGCCAUGCGCUUCCUAAGGAGUGGCGAGGGCUUUGAGAAAUACCUACAGUACCUCGUAGGCCAGCAAAAGGCAGAGGCCGCUAUCAGUGACAAGACCGUACACCACUUCUUCAAGGAAUACACAGACAAAGAACAGGCCAGUGCCGACCCUGCUGAAGGUCCUGUACUGAGCAUCAACGCCUACCUACAGAAACCUCUGGACAGAAUCCAGAAUUACAAGGCCUUGCUCAAGGAGCUGAUCAGGAACAAGGCCAGGAACGGUCAGAACUGCUGCCUGCUGGAGGAGGCCUAUGCCAUGGUUUCAUCACUGCCUCAGCGUUCAGAGAACACACACCACGUCUCCAUGAUAGAGAACUACCCUGCCACUCUGGAUGUAUUGGGGGAGCCCAUCAGACAGGGACCCUUCAUGGUGUGGGAGGGUGCACCUGGGGUAAGGUCCUCUUCCAGAGGUCACCAUCGACACGCGUUCCUCUUCAAAAACUAUGUCAUCAUCUGCAAAUCCAAGAGAGACACCAACACAGACACCCAGGGCUACGUCUUUAAGAACAUGAUGAAGCUGAACAACAUAGAUGUGAAUGAGACAGUGGAGGGUGACGACCGGGCCUUUGAGAUCUGGCACGAGCGUGAGGACUCUGUCAGGAAGUACACCCUUCAGGCUCGCACCGUCAUCAUCAAGAACUCCUGGCUGCGAGACCUCAGGGAGCUGCAGCAGCGCUACACCAUGCCUGCCUGGAGUAUGCCUGACUUUGAUGAGCUUCUGGCUGACUGCACAGCGGAGCUGAGACAGACGGUGAAACUGGCCUGCAAGGUUACUGGAGUACCCAAACCUGUGGUCACCUGGUACAAGGACGGGCGUGCAGUGGAGGCCGACCCUCACCACAUCAUUAUCGAGGACCCUGACGGUUCCUGCACCCUGAUCCUGGACAACAUGACGGCUGAUGACUCUGGACAGUACAUGUGCUUCGCCACUAGCACAGCAGGCAACGCCAGCACCCUGGGAAAGAUCACUGUCCAAGUACCUCCUCGUUUUUUGAACAAGAUGAGGAAUGCUGUCUUAAUCGUUGGUGAGGAUGCUCAGUUUUCCUGCACCAUCCAGAGCGCCCCCAGACCCAAGAUCAGGUGGUUCAAGGAGGGCAGGCUGCUGACUGACCAGGAGAAGUAUCAGACCUACACUGAGGCCCGUAGUGGAGUCCUGGUGCUGGUCAUUAAAGGGCCUACGGAGAGAGACCUGGGACACUACGAGUGUGAGUUGUCCAAUCGACUGGGCAGUGUUAAAUGUGCAGUUGAUCUGUGCCUUCCUUCUGCUGUGGCUAGAAGAGGAGAGCAGGCGAUCACCAUCGAAGUCACUGAGCAGGAGACUAAAACACCAAAGAAAACCAUCAUCAUAGAGGAGACCAUAACUACGGUGGUGAAGAACACCCGUAUGAAGCGUCGCGGCAUGUCUCCAUCUGGGUUCAACCGCGCCCAAACCACCACCCCAGAUCUCCCCACCACCCCCACCGGCACGGCCAGGCAGAGGAGGCAGGUUUCUGCCAGCAGGAAGACCACCAUCCCCACCCUGUACGUCACGGAGCCCGAGGGGGGUGCUGGGGCCCGGGCCGCAGAGAACAGGUGGGUGGAGGUAGAGGAAAUCAUUGAGUACAAGGUCAACAAGUCGCCCAGGCUAUCCAGGAGAAGAGGGAUCUCCCCAGCUGGGUCGGAGCGAGCGAACACCCCCUCCUUCACCCGGCCACGGAGGUCCCCGAACCCCAACACCAACAAUUCCAACAACAAGCUGGUAGAGCUGCAGAACUCCUCCGACCUGGAGGGGGCUCAGCCUAUAACCUGGGAUGAUGAGGAGGAGGAUGAGAACGUGGCUGGGUCCGAGGUCGCCCCUGGACUCAGUGGAGAGGCCUAUGAGGUCUCCUCUGUUCUAAUCCCUAACCACCAUGAACAUGAUGAGGCCUGGCUAGAGGAGCAACAAGAGGCCUUUGUCACAGAACCGGAUGAUGAUGAUGAUGAUAACAUGGAACCUCCCAGGAAGCUGGAGCCUAAGACCCUGACCCAGGCCGGUCGCGUUCUCACCCUGGAGGACUUGGAGGACUAUGUUCCCAGGGAGGGGGAGACCUACGGCUCCUCCAACACCAGGCCUUCCCCUGCCGAGAGACCCUGUGAGAUCUCUGUGCUUCAGAGGGAGAUUGGGGGCUCUGUCGUGGGCCAGCCAGUGCUGCUCAAUGUGGGGAGGCCUGUGGUUGUGCCCAGGGGGAGGCGCAGCCCUGGCUUCUUCAGCCGCUUUAGAGAGUACCUCUCAGGCAGCAUGUUCUCCCUGGCUGCCCCCCACCACCACCACCCCAGCUUAGGUCAGUCUAGAAGGGAGAGAGAGAUUCCCAUCCAGGUCAGCCACGCUAAGCAAGAGGUCAAGCCUGCAUACUGCUCUGAGGUGCAGAGAGUGGAGGGAGGGCAGCAGAGAUACAAAACCAAAGUCUACACGUCAGUGGGCAAGCCAGUCACUCUUCAGAUUAGCCAGAACCCAUAUCAAAACCAAUAACCUAGUGUGUGAAAAUCAGUUGCUUGAUUAGAACCAAGCAGAUUUUUGUUAAUUGGUGAUACGUACAAUAGCCGUUUUAGUCUUAAAUGGGAACAUUACUACUUAAGUGUUAAAAAGCAUAUUCUAACCUUGCAUUUUCUUGCAAAUGGGAGGAUCAUUCCAUUUUGAAGCAACCCAUCUGAAAGUCAAAUGCAGACACAGGAAGUCAGUUGUUUUGGUCAGACAAAGUCGUUUUUAAAGGACAAAACAUCAAAAGGGGGUUGGAUAUGUUGUUUAGGCUAAAUGAUUUCCGAACGCCAUUGUAUACUAUCCAGGCUUCAAUUUAUUGUUGCCUUGCUUGCCACAUAUUUGAUUAUUUGAUGUACAGAAAAAUAUAGAAUAAUUGCAAGUCUUGCAACAUGGACUGACAAUAUUUGAAAGUUUAAAAAAUCCAUCUGCUUUACCCUCAGGUGACAGAUGUUUUGAAUGUCAACAUCUUGAUGUUAAACUUCUGUUCUGUAGGAGAACAUCAGUACAGUACUAUAUUUCUCUCUGUGUGUUGUCUCUGAAGUUUAAUGAAGGAAUAUCCACCUUGACUUGUAGCAUAUCAGUUUAUGAAUAGGCUAACUAACUCCUGUGAAAGGAAAAAAGUUUGUCUCGACAGUAACUUACCAAACCAAUGACUUCAGCAACAAAAUUGCUAGAAGUACAAAAGAAGUCUAAAAGAGCAUUGACUACCGACAUUGCUGGAUUGUGUGAAACAUUGACGAUGUUCUUUCAACUGCAGUCACUGUCUGCUUGAGAAUACAAGAAAGCCAGAUUAAAGACUGAUACAUGGAUCAUUGAGUUGUACUUCAGAUUUGGCUGUCCUGUCCUAUGGAGAAGUCUAGAAUUUUCUAAGAAUUUCUAGAUGGGCAGUUACAUGUUGUGCAGUGCUGAUGCUUUUACAUUAACUGUAUAUCAUUCACUUGUGGUGUGGACUGUGGAAUGAUAUAGGUCUACGAUUGUGUUAUACAGGUCUCGUAUAAAGGGUCUCUGUUUACUUUAGGUUAUAUACAUCCAAAACAUAGACCUAUAUAGGAUAUUUCAUUUUGAACUGGGUCAUUUGUUUUAUAGAAAGGCACUUCAUUAUCAGUUUCUUGAGAGCAAUAAAGAGUAGAUUGACCUCAGAUAAUUAAGUAUUUGUGAUUACUUUAAGGUAAAAUGUAAUUAAUUAUAUUUAGAAAAGUGACAGCAUGUUAUGUAUUAGCUUUUUGAAAGCUGAUUUGCGUGUUUAUCUGAUUGACGUAAUUGAAUUAACACAAAACACUAACGCCAGCGCGUUUUGGACUUCUGGGUAGAACCAUUGGAUUUGUCUUUCUUCUGCAUCCGUAGAUGCCAACCAUUAGUCUGUGUAAUUAACGGGGGCUGAGCUAGAGCUGUGUUUGUGAGACAAGGGCGGAUCCCAAAGGGGCCCUAGGCUGGGUCUUUUUACAAAAACGUAUGUAGUCUGAAUGAUUUGAGCUACAAACUAUUCAAAGAUAUUUAUGAAAAGGUGAGGCUCUCACGAACACGUGCAUAUAACUAUGACGCUCAAAACCUACACAAGAGUCAUUAGAAGGUAAGGGGUUGUUCUACAUAGAAGAUCAUAGGAAAUCCAAGGACAUAGUGUCUAUAAUAAGAUCACGUAGUGGCUCUCACAAAAUCUUAACAGUUGUCAUUUCCCAGUGAGCGUACAAUUUCUGUACUUACAGCAUUCAUAUCAAUUCAUUUGGUCAGGAUUUUGCUUUGGCAGAUAUUUUUUUUUUUUAAUUGACAUUUGUCAAUAAAACUCAUGAAUGCAACUGUUUUAUGUCAAAUAGUUUUGUGUUCUACUUGUAGCCCUGGUUGUCCUGAAAAGAACACUCCAUUGUGAGGCUAAAUAUAAGGUCUGGACAUGCCCUUAUAAUAAAUGAAAGUCAGAUACAUUAAAAGACGAUUUUUGCUGGGGUCGCGGGACUGACAGGGUUAAUAUUAAUCUUGUCACAUUCGGUUCAGGGGAGAGCACAGUUACAUAGUUAGUAGUGAGCCAUUGUACACUGGAUUUAUUAACUUUGUUGCAAUAUAUUGUUUUAAAAAGUGAAUUACCACUUUCCAAAGUAAGAGUGAUGAUUUGUUUUAUGUUAUUUUAAACGUCUUGUAAAAGCAUUGAAUGUUUAACUUUGUAAGAAAUUCAACAUAAAUCACAUAUAGGUUUUGACUGCCUGCACAUGUUUAGUUAAGAGAAUUAAUAGUUAAUGGAUUUUUGGGAGGGUACUUCCAAGUGUUUAAUGCACCAAAAUAAUUAAAUUGCAACUGAUGAACUGA